ACGAAAGCUGUCACAUUAUGUGCCUUAAAAGUCAUACAUAUUUAGUUAUUUUCUUAUACAUUUCUUUGGUGACUACUAUAAAAUUGGGGAGUUUUUGUUUUUCCCGCGUUUUGGAGACCUCAUCCACCACACGAUGUGCAACAGGGACUGCUGCGAGGCCAGGUCGCCGAUCGCCAAGCGCAUGGCGGCCCGGCGGCUUCUGCGGCUGGAGGAGGAGGAGCGCCGGAAGCCCAAGCUGGUGAUUCCGACGCCGCAGAGCCUCUUCUACCCCUUCGACGAUGUCGAGGCCAUGGCCAGGUAUAUCAUAGACGUCAGUCGCAUCCGUCCGAGGUACGGCUUGAUCUGCGGCAGCCUCUUGGGCGGCAUGAUCUCCCUGGUCGAGGAACCCGUGGUCAUUCCCUACGAGGACAUCCCCAACUUCCCCGCCGGUCUAGAGCCCGACUGCAGCUUCGUAGUGGGCACGGUCAUGGGAGCCCCCAUCAUCGCGCUUGCCAAUCGCUUCUAUGUCUGCGAUGGCUUCAACCUCGCCACCUGCUCACUGCCCGUUCGCGUGAUGCAGUUGUGCGGGGUCAAGACCAUCAUGCUGACCGCCGAGGCAGCCGCUGUGAAUAUGAUGUACCAACUGGGCGACAUAAUGCUGAUCGAGGACCACGUCAAUGUGGUGGGCAUGAUGCACCAGACGGCUCUGGAGGGUCCCUGUGACCCGCGCUUCGGCAGUCGAAAAUUCUCGAUGGUCAACGCGUACGAUAGGGAUUUGCUGGAAAAGAGCCUCGAGAUUGGCAAAAGGAUGGGCAUUCAGCAGUUCCUGCACAAGGGCGUUCUCGCCUGCCUCGGGGGUCCUGUAUUCGAGACCCUGGCCGAGGAACGAAUGCUGCGGACGAUGGAGGUGGACGCCGUGGGCAUGUCCCUGGUGCCCGAGGUCAUAGUGGCCCACCAUGGCGGACUGAAGGUCCUGGCGUUUGUGAUCAUCAGCAUGGUGGCCAACGAGAAGGAAAACGAGAAGGACAACAAGGACAGAGAGAGGGAUACCAGUUUGGAGAAGUCCGAAGAGGUGUCCUUGGAGGUUCCCCCGCUGAAGCUGCAGGCCUGCUCGGACCUCAUCGGUCGCCUGCUAUACCAUAUGCACCACGAGCUUUGACGAUCGAAAAUAGAUUUCUUGAAGCCCCCGCCCCCGGUUUGAUGUA